GGUCCGGAGCGCCCGGCGGUGGGCGGCGUCCUCCGGCUGGCGCUGCAGCGGGCGAGGCGGGGCCGCGGCCGCCCUCCCGCGCGCUCUCCGGCGCCCGUGCCGAGGACUGCGGCCCGCGCGAGGCCGCCGCCUCCGGGGCGCCGGGUGCGGUCGGCGCGCGUGCGCGUGCGCGUGCCUCGACUCGCCUCUGCGGCCGCGGCCGUGCGGUUGGGGUGCGGUCGCCCUACCCGCGUCCUGCAGACUGCCGCGCGCCGCCGAGCCGCGUCCUCCUGAGUUCCCGGGACUGCCUGUGCUUCCGAUUACUAAAGCUUGUUGGACCAUUUUCUGAUGGCUGGCCCCAGAAGGGUGAAAUGCUUCUCGUGACUGUAAAACCAGAGGCCAGAGUCAGUGAAACUGAAAAGAACUUGGGUGACCCUGCAGUUCCAGAAGGAUCUAUGGGUCUCGCUAAGUUGCUGAGGCUGGCCUCAAACUCGUGAUCCUUCUGCCUUGGCCUCCCGAGUUGCUGAGAUUAUAGGUGUGCACCCCUGCACCUCGUCGGUCUUGAAUAUUUCAUGAGUGCUUUCGCGUGCCAGCCCCAUCACGCACCCUGGAGUGGAGCGGGUCAGCUCAUAAAGGCCCUGGCAGCUCCCGGAGGCCCUGGGCGCGCCCUGCUCCGCUUGCUGCCGCCCUUCAGGUGAAAUCCUAAGCGGUGUGCUGAGCAUCUUCCCUGGCUGGAGCUGGGGCCUGGCAGCCUGUGCUGCUUGAGCAAUUUGAGAAUCACUGUUUGGAGGAGGGCGCGAGGCCUGGGGCGGCCAGGAGCCUGGCUCCAGCCACCCCGUGAGAGACGGCCUGGGCUGGGCCAGUCCGUCCGUCUGAACUGAGGAUCCACCAGAUGCCGGGCACAGUGGUGAGGAGAGGCAGCUCCGACCUGCGCAGGGACAGGUGGAGGACACAGGUGCUGCCUGAUUAUGGCAGGAAAAGUGAAAUGGGUCACUGAUAUUGAGAAGUCGGUGCUGAUCAAUAACUUUGAGAAGAGAGGAUGGGUCCAAGUGACAGAAAACGAGGACUGGAAUUUUUACUGGAUGAGCGUGCAGACCAUCCGGAACGUGUUCAGCGUGGAGACCGGGUACCGGCUCUCAGACGACCAGAUUGUCAACCACUUCCCCAACCACUACGAGCUCACCCGCAAGGAUCUAAUGGUGAAGAACAUCAAAAGAUACCGGAAGGAGCUGGAGAAGGAAGGGAGCCCCCUGGCAGAGAAGGACGAGAACGGGAAGUACCUCUAUCUGGACUUUGUUCCAGUGACCUACAUGCUGCCCGCGGACUACAACCUGUUCGUGGAGGAGUUCAGGAAGAGCCCGUCCAGCACCUGGAUCAUGAAGCCCUGUGGCAAAGCCCAGGGCAAGGGCAUCUUCCUCAUCAACAAGCUCUCGCAGAUCAAGAAGUGGUCUCGGGACAGCAAGACAUCCACGGGGUUGAUGCCUCACGUGUCAGGAGACCCCAGGUGGCGCGGCCGCCUCGUUGGGCAGCACACCACAAUCAGCGUGCUCUCUUCCCCAGGUUCGUGCCGCAGUCCACCAAGGAGGCCUACGUGAUCUCGCUGUACGUCAGCAACCCGCUGCUCAUCGGCGGGAGGAAGUUCGACCUGCGCCUGUACGUCCUGGUGUCCACCUACCGCCCGCUGCGCUGCUACAUGUACAAGCUGGGGUUCUGCCGGUUCUGCACUGUGAAGUACACCCCGAGCACCAGCGAGCUGGACAACAUGUUCGUCCACCUCACCAACGUGGCCAUCCAGAAGCAUGGGGAGGACUACAACCAUAUCCACGGGGGCAAGUGGACCGUGAACAACCUUCGGCUCUACCUGGAGAGCACUCGCGGCAAAGAAGUGACCAGCAAGCUGUUCGAUGAGAUCCACUGGAUCAUCGUGCAGUCCCUGAAGGCCGUGGCGCCGGUGAUGAACAACGACAAGCACUGCUUCGAGUGCUAUGGCUACGACAUCAUCAUCGACGACAAGCUGAAGCCCUGGCUGAUCGAGGUAAACGCGUCCCCAUCUCUCACCUCCAGCACUGCCAACGAUCGGAUCCUUAAGUACAACCUGAUUAACGACACCCUCAACAUUGCGGUCCCCAAUGGCGAAAUCCCUGACUGCAAGUGGAACAAGUCCCCUCCAAAGGAAGUUCUUGGCAAUUACGAAAUUCUGUACGACGAGGAGCUGGCGCAGGGCGACGGGGCCGACCGAGAUCUCAGAAGUCGACCAGGGCAGCCCCCGGGGCCCAGGGCAAGCCGGACGAGAGACUCAGGAAGAUCCGCCCUGUCGACCUGGAAGUGACACAGCAGGAGCACAGCCCACUGGGCCUUCGCCAGCCACUCACCUCCCCGGACCCCACCGAAGACCUAUUUUGGAAUUUCCUUUUUCUACAGUUCUCCUUUCCUGAACCCUGUAAAUAAAUAAAGGCACUUCUCUGGAA